UUUACUGUGAAUUUUUAGUACAGAUUCGUUAGUAAUAAGUAAAUAUGGAAUGAAAUUUUCAAAGUGUACAAGUUUUACGGGUCUAACGGACUUAUCGGCUUUUGAAAGUUCUUCGCCCGGGUUCUUCACGCCCCGUGAAUAAUGGACUCAACGCACUCCGCUUUCCAAGAAGGAGCUACCACUCACGAAGGAGCGCGUGAGUGGGAAAAUGUAGAAUACGAUCGCACCUCUGGCGUCGUUAUGAGCAACGGCGGCGUCGAUGUUACUGGCCACGCCAAGGAGCUCUGUGUCAACAAACUCGGCCACACUAUGGUCACGCCGCCGGAAGGAGGCACAAGCCGAGGCCGUUUCCGCGAGCUGUUCGGCCGGCACCGCCUGAAGACCGUCACUUACUGCGCCGUCUUCUGGAGCUUAGGCAUGGGCGUCGCCUUCCUCGGCCCCACGCUGCUGGAUCUCGAGUGUCGGAUCUCCUCGGUGUUCAGCAGCAUGUCGUGGGUAUUCUUCUCGCAGUCACUCUUCACGCUCAUCGGGUCAGCGUGUGGGGGAUUUAUGGUGCAGAGCGAUUGUUUCGUGAAAUUCUUCGACCAUUUCUUGCCGGACUUCCCUCGCAUCACCGAAAAAGAAAGGGAAGCAAAAACCAACAGCUUGGGUUUACACUUGGUGCUGCUGGGUUCUGUGGUGAUGUUUGCUGUUACGUUGACGGUGGUGCCGGAGUGCUCGGUGCUCGGGGCCCUCAUAACCACGCUCGCUGUCAUGGGUUUCUUCAUGGGCACUAUCGACACCGUCGCCAACAUCUCCAUGCUGCAGCUCUACGGCAGAGACGUCGCACCUUUCCUCCAGGCGCUGCAUUUUUCCUACGGUCUUGGUGCAUUCCUAUCGCCCAUUGUGACGAAGCCUUUCCUGCUGAACGAAGACUGCAACGGCCUCGUGCUGAACAGCUCGGUAGCUCACCGCCUCCUCGACGUACGUCUCGUCAACAUAACCCAAGAAGCUCAGGCUGAGCUGCAUCACGCACAGAACAAUUCUGAGAUCCAGUACGCAUUCUGGAUCAUGGCUCUCAUGCAGCUGCCGGUGGUGGUGCUACUGGCGGUGCUCGUCUACUACGACUACUUCCCGGUGUCUGGGGACGCUGUUGUGGUCGAGACUCUCCCCGAGACUUUCGAGCUCAAGACCCAGAAUAUCACGGAGCCUCUUGCUGCCUCCCGCAGUAUAAUGCCCGACCUCAGGGAUGAAGAGGACAGGCCUCAAGUUACCGCUCGGCAGAUGGCGCUGGUGACCGCAUGCGCCGCGGGAUUGCUCUUCAUUUACGACGGUCUGCAGGCGGCGUACGGCGGAUACAUUUACUCGUACGCCGUGAAGAGCGUGGCCGACAUGGCGCAGAACGAGGCCGCUGUGCUUAACGCCUGCUUCUGGGGCACAUUCGCCUUCGGACGUCUUAUUUCUAUUGGCAUCGCGACGCGCAUCACCCCGCAGUGGAUGAUGCUCGCUAAUAUGACUGGCUGUUUCGUGGCGAUGGUGUUGAUGCUGUCGAUGCCUCACGACCACGCGAUGCUCUACGUCGGCACGGGGCUCUUCGGUACCUUCCUCUCGUCGGUCUUCCCGACGACCGUGUCCAUGACAGAGACUUACAUCCAUGUUACUUCUCAAAUCACAAGCGUCCUCGUGAUGAGCGCUGCCCUGGGAGAGAUGGUCUUUCCCGUCAUCAUUGGACACGAAUUCGACUCAUCGGGUCCGAAGGUGCUGCUGAUAAGCGGUGUCGUGAUGACGUUGUUGUCGUUCGUUCUAUACUUCGCCUUGUUCAUCGUUGCGGACGGCAUCACUCGCGUCUCAUCGGAGCGAAGUCUGACUGAACGAUUCAAGGCUUUGUUGAAGGGCAAGACUGUCUCCGACGAAGGCAUCGGUCUGAUGACCCACAACGUCAAGCAUUACAACCGAAUGCGAUCUCACCCCUCAGACAUCUCUUUGAACGAGGAGACCUCCUUGUCCACAGCUCCAGUUGCCAACCUCUAGAGACAUACCUUUCCCUUCACUUCUUCUACGUCAACCUCUAUUGAUAUGACUUUAUUUCUCUAGGGCCACAGCUUCUUAUUUGCGCCUUUUGUCGUCAAUCUCUAGAGCCACAACAUCUUUUCCACCUUCUCUGUCGUCAAUCUCUAGAGCCACAGCAUAUUCUCCAGCUCCUCUGUCGUCAAUUUCUAAUCACAUUUUCGUCCUCAGUUCUCAUUUCACUAUCAAUUUCUGCCACAAAUAUUCUUCGCCCUGUCUCGUACUAAUGAUACUAUAAUGCCACACCUUCUUCUCCCUCACUCCUGUCACUAACCUCUAGUGCCACGUCCUAUUUACAUCACACCUCUAACAAUCACCUGAGAAAACUUCUUUAAAUUAAUUCAAUUUUCUUGUGCUUCAAUUCCCAGUUACGGAAUAUUUAGAGUUGCCUGUAAUUCCACUAUAUUUUUCAGAAGGCACAUAUGAGAGUCAUUCUAGCUAUCCAAUAGUGAUAUGUACACAAAAUGAAAAAUUUGCUCUUCGCUUAAACUUCUAUUACCUAUAACUGGAUAUAAAAGUUAUAGCUUUCAGUAAAAUUGGUUCUAUUUCAUGCGAUGGUUCUCAUAUUGUGUUACAGCAUCAUUUUUUAGCUAAAAAAAUAGCCUCUGUCUAAAACCAUUCACCAUUUUUACAACUGAUAAUUAUUUCAUGUAUUUUCCUAAACGAACAGUUAUUUUCAAUGAUGGAGCACAAGCUUUCUCGUCUUACGAAACUUCCGAAAACUCUAUUGCGCAAAAAAAAAACGAAUAUAUGAACAUAUGAAUAAUAUAUCAUUCAUGUAUUACAAAAUGUUCUAGUUUUUAUCGAAGAAUUUGUUAAAAUUAAAUACCUUACCAAUCUGUCGGUCCAUAACAUUGGUAUAACACUGAAUAACAUUGUUGAACAGACAUAAUUGGAUAUAUUCGAAAAUAAUAUCAUUUAAUACGACUUGCCACCAUGCAGUAUCUUAAUUAAGCUCUCGGCCAAAGAUGAAAACUGCUAAAAAAAUUAUGCGAAGAAUAUUCGUAUAUUCACUCUGUCGUUUAUGAAAACAGUAAACUUAGUGUACAAAGCCAAUCUUAUCCGUCUCAUUUUCAAUUAAUAUUAUGCCUGCCUCUUUGUUGAAUGUAUUCAGGAUUCCCUGCAUGCAUUUUUUUUCACAAAUCACCCACUAGUUAAUAGCCAGCGUGUAUUCGUCUGAGUUAGGUUGCAGGAUCAGUUCGUUAUCUGGCUAGCAGGUACUUUAAUCGAAUGGUACAGAUGGCACCGGUGAGCUCUAGCUUGAAAUAUCCUAAGUUAAUUUUUUGAUGCUCAUGCAAUAACAUUCCAAAGUAAUGAUAAUGAACGUGUUUCUUUCAGUCGAUGUUAUUGCCCGGUGUUUUAAUUUUCUUUUCUAUAUACGAAUAUCCUCGUAAUGAAGUGGAAUGGACUCACUUGAGUCUUACUUCAUAAAUAUUUGACGAAACAGUUGUUACUUACUGUGCGCGAUCACAUUAAGUCUGACCUUUUUUUUGUUCAUGUAAGCCAUUUACUGUGAUAUUGUCUCAUCUCGUUCCAUAAUUCUAAGUGUACUAGAAUGAGUAUUCGCUCUCAGGAGCAUUUUCGGAUUAAGGUUCGGUAACUUUUUGCUACGGCCUUCUAACCGGUAAACUUUUUACCUAAGUUAUUACAUAAUUAAUCAAACUACGUAAUGCUUAGAGUUUCAGUAGAUUAUAUACGAGCUUCACUUAUUAGCAAUCACCAACCUUUGUCUGAAGUGAUUAAGAUGAAGCACUUUCCUCACUUUGGUGGGGGAGCGCAGCCGUGCACCAACAAUUUUGUGCACCAAUAAGCCCUGAA